AUGGUCGCUCCCGCUGCUCUCCCCGUGUCAGACGGCGCCAAGACCGAGCGAGACUUGGUCACCUCCAAAACGGAGAAUCGCGUCGCGGAGACGAGUGAGGAUGAUCGGGAAUUGCUGAAGCUUGGCUACCGUGCAGUCUUGGCUCGUGGCUGGGGCACCUUUGACAAUUUUGCCUGUUCGUUCUCGGCCUUGUACUGCAUUGGAGGGAUUCGAGUCCUCUUCUAUAUUGCCCUCAGCAAUGGAGGUCCCGCUGCUCUUUGGAGCUCUUGGAUUUCCGGCAGCAUCCUCAGCGUGAUAACCGCGGCAUGUCUUGCGGAAGCCUGUUCUGCCUAUCCUGCCGCAGGAUCGAUCUACUACUGGGCCUUUAGGUCCUGGGGUGGCGGUCGCCUGGGCCGUUUCAUCUCUUAUCUGAUCGCUGCCUGGACACUUGUGGCGUGGACGGCCUUUCUGGCGAGUGAUUCCUUCGGCGUGGCCAACUAUCUCCUGUCGGAGAUUGUGGUCUUCAGUCCAGAAACGACCUUCCCCAUUAGCACCUCCGACGUGAAAGCCCGUGCGAUUGCAUGGGCCUUUUCCCUCGCAUUCUUGGCGCUGGCGACGGCUCUGAAUUUCCUGCCCCCUCGAAUGUACGCAUGGGUUUUCCGGACGGGGUUUGCAGUCAUUGUCAUUGACAUGUUGCUCAAUUUCAUCUGGUUGCCUAUUGGAGUGUCCAAAACAUAUGGGUUUCAGUCCGCCGAGUACGUUUUCACAACUACAUACAAUGGCGAAGGGACUGCACCCGGUUUGAAUUGGGUACUUUCUUGGUUCCUCGUCUCGAGCUGUCUCGUUGGCGAAGACGCCUCGGGCCAUGUGGCCGAGGAAACCAUUUCCGCGAAGAAGGCGGCUGCCAAGGGCGUCUUCUGGUCAACGGUUGCUUCCGCGCUUUGCGGAUUCCCCAUCAUCAUCUUGUUCCUGUUUUGCAUGCCACCGAUUGAGACGUUCUACAAUACCACCGCGCCUCAGCCGUUUAUCAAUAUGUACGCUCUCGCGCUGGGGCCUCGAGCCCAUGUGGUCAUGACCAUCGUCUCGAUGAUCGGCGCAAUUCUCAAUACCUCGAUUUCAUUGGUUGCCGUCUCCCGCCUCGUCUUUGCUGUUGCCCGUGAUGGUGUCUUUCCAUUCAGCGACGUGCUCUCUCGGGUUUCCCAGAGAAAACAACCCCGAAACGCCGUGAUUUUCAUUGCGAUCAUCGCCGCACUCUUGCUCUGCACUCAGCUCCCUUCCCAAGUGGCAUUCUCCAGCUUGGUGUCGACCUCCGCGGCGGGCUCGAUCGCUGCCUACGGCCUCGUGGGGAUUGGCCGGGCUUUUAUCACACGGGGCUCCUUCCGUCCCGGCUUUUGGGACAUGGGUUGGUUCGGGGUGUUUGCUGCCUUUGUGACUUUCGUCUGGAACACGUUUGCAUUCGCAGUGCUCUGUGCCCCCCAGUAUCCCAAUAAUGCGAUUGAUCAAGAUCCUGGUCUGUUCAAUUACGCUAUUGUCAUCAUGGGCGGUGUCACCGUCAUCGCAGUGUUUGAAUGGUGGCGCAAGUCCAAGAAUGACUGGUUCCGGCACCUUGAGACGCCCGACACACCAUCCGACACUGAUACAGUGAGGGAGCGAGAUGCAGCUGCCCCCUUCCCAGUGCAAGAGGCUGUUGUUUGA